CAGACCUGGAAAUCGACGAUAUGAAGCUCAAUGAACGAACGCGAGCGAAAACAACGUUGGAAAUCAUAAAACUCGCUGCUUCCCGUCACCACUGUACCAGCCCCGGUUUUCGGGCGAUAUCUCUUUCGUUACUCAACGAAAUCGCGAACCGUUUGAAGCUAUGCUUUCGUAAGACAUAAGGCUACAACUUUCGUUUAGAACCCAGAUUAAAAUAAUGACGUUUAGAGGGUGUAAAAGUGCUCACAAGUGGGCUGAUUUGCACUGGAAAUGUUUUCUUCAUUCAACUUCCCGGAGCAACUUCCGGCAAGAACCGUGGCUACCUCAGGUGACUUUAACAGCGGCGAUCACUUGCGGAUUGUUCUCCAUACAACAAGGAGUAGAAUAGAAAAAAAAAUGGGAGAGAAUGAUGGAGAUUUGAAGAAGAUGCAACCUCCUUAAAUAGGCCAAGAAUGAAGAAAGAGUUAGUAUAUAUAUCAAAUUGUGGCAAGAGCAUCUCACAUUCUCACAUUAUGGAAGGAACUUCUCGAGCUCUUUCUCACACCAUAAGAUUCGUUGGAGUACUUGGUAGUCAUGCUCUUGGUAGCAAUCCAAAGUUCAUGGCUACAGCGGUAGAUUUAGGACGAGAAUUGGUAAGGCGAAAAAUUAGGCUUACCUACGGAGGAGGCAAUGUUGGCCUUCAAGGAGCUGUAGCUUCAACAGUCUAUAAUAAUGGUGGUAGAGUCAGAGGUUUCAUACCAGGGUAUAUAGCAGCACGACAGGUAUACGGUCCUACGUAUGGUGUAGAGUACACCGUUUCCAGCAAUUACUAUAUGUAUUUCGAGAUGAAUCAUAUUGUGGAAGCCUUCAUCAUACUUCCAGGAGGGAUUGACACUAUGGAAGGUUUGUUUACUUUGAUCUCAUGGGCAUCUGAAGGUUUACACAGUAAACCCAUUGGUCUUUUGAAUAUUGACGGUUAUUUCAAUAACCUAAUCAAGUUUCUAGAUGAUGCGGUGAGGCAAAACUUCAUGGCUUUGAAUCAGAGGAAACUUUUCAUCUCUUCUUUCUUUAUUGAUGAACUUUUAGACAAACUAGAGUUUGCUAAGGCUUUUCCAGGUCCUGGUGCUAAUUACGACGAGUUCGCGAAUCCUGGAAGAUUAGAUUUAGAAUUACAUUUGUAAUAUUAAUUCAUGUCUGCAGCCCCUUUUGGACUAAAGUAUUAACUUGGCAACGUAAAAAUUUCAAACAUUUAAAAACUUUAUUUCAAAUAUUGUACUAAAUAUUUCAUAAUACAUCAGAGUAAAAUUAUUCAAAAUAGUACAGAAGCGAUUUGCAAAUUACAACAGUGUGGUCACCAUGUGAUAAAAUCAUUUAGUUAAAUAAUAAAUUUGUGCACGUCCACGCAUCACCUCCAUCUCAGUAAUCUCCAAAAUAGGUUCCAUAUUUAUUCUCUCUCAUACCUAUGUGUAGAAAGAUGAAAAAGUCUACACGCUCAGCAAUGAAGCUGAGUGGUACCA